AUGAAAUGUCCAGACAAUGAAUGGCCUAACAAGUGGAAAGAUAAGUGUAUUCCUAAACUGGAAGAAUUUCUAUCAUACAACGAAGAUGCAAUUUCUGCUAUUUUUUCAUUUCUUUCACUUUUACUCUUCUUUGCAACAAUUGUGAUAUUAGUCAUCUUUAACCUAUUCAAAAACUCACCAAUUGUUAAAGCCAAUAACAAGAAUCUCAGCUUCAUUCUUCUUGUCUCCAUCAUGCUGAGCUUCCUCUGUGUGUUUCUGUUCCUCGGGCGACCUGCGGGUAUAACCUGCAUGUUGCGUCAAUCCACUUUUGCCAUCAUCUUCUCAAUAAUGAUCUCUUGUGUUUUGGGAAAGACUGUGAUGAUCUACAUUGCUUUCAAAGCAUCUACACCCGGCAGUACUUGGGGAAAGUGGGUCAAUGUAAAGGUGUCCAAUUCAGUGGUUUUGAUUUUCUCUUCAGCUCAAAUUAUAAUAAACAUUUGUUGGUUGAUUAUUUCUCCUCCUUAUCAGGAACUGGACACACAUUCUUAUCCAGGAAAGAUUAUUAUUCAGUGUAAUGAAGGUUCAGUUGUAUUUUUUUAUUCUGUUCUCGGUUAUAUGGGUUUUCUGGCAACUGUUAGUUUUAUUAUAGCUUUUUUAGCCAGGAAAUUACCAGACAGUUUCAAUGAGGCCAAGUACAUCACUUUCAGCAUGCUGGUAUUCUGCAGUGUUUGGAUUGCAAUGAUCCCGGCCUAUCUGAGCACCAAAGGGAAAUACAUGGUGGCUGUAGAGAUAUUUGCCAUGUUGACCUCAAGUGCUGGACUUUUAUCAUGUCUGUUUUUCCCCAAAUGCUACAUAAUUGUGUUUAGGCCAGAAAUGAAUUCAAAAGCAAAUUUGUUUGCAUUCAGAAAUAAAAUAAACUGCAGAUAA